CGCCGCCGCCCGCGCCCCGCGCUCCUGUCCAGCCGCGCCGGCCCCCCGCCAGCGCCCGAGCCCCGGGCCCGGAUGCCAUGGGGAACAACUUCUCCAGUGUCUCUUCUGUGCCCCGGGGAACCGCGAAUCGCCCGCCGCGGGGCCACCCCGCCAACCUCAAAGACUCCAUCGGGGGCUCCUUCCCCGUCAACUCUCACCGAUGCCAUCACAAGCAGAAGCACUGCCCACCAGCGCUGUCCGGUGGGGGACUUCCUGCCACGCCGCUGCUCUUCCAUCCGCACACCAAGGGCUCCCAGAUCCUCAUGGACCUCAGCCACAAGGCCGUCAAGCGGCAGGCCAGCUUCUGCAAUGCCAUCACCUUCAGUAACCGCCCGGUGCUCAUCUACGAGCAAGUCAGGCUGAAGAUCACCAAGAAGCAGUGCUGCUGGAGCGGGGCCCUGCGGCUGGGCUUCACCAGCAAAGACCCGUCCCGCAUCCACCCGGACUCGCUGCCCAAGUACGCCUGCCCCGACCUGGUGUCGCAGAGCGGCUUCUGGGCCAAGGCGCUGCCCGAGGAGUUUGCCAACGAGGGCAACAUCAUCGCCUUCUGGGUGGACAAGAAGGGCCGCGUGUUCUACCGCAUCAACGACUCGGCCGCCAUGCUCUUCUUCACGGGCGUCCGCACGGCCGACCCGCUCUGGGCCCUGGUGGACGUCUACGGGCUCACGCGGGGCGUCCAGCUGCUGGACAGCGAGCUGGUGCUGCCCGACUGCCUGCGGCCGCGCUCCUUCACGGCCCUGCGGCGCCCGUCGCUGCGGCGCGAGGCGGACGAGGCGCGCCUGUCGGUGAGCCUGUGCGACCUCAACGUGCCGGGCGGCGCGGACGGCGACGAGGCCCCGCCGCCUGCCCACGGCGGCGCCGUCCCGCAGAACUCGCUCAACUCGCAGCACAGCCGCGCGCUGCCCGCGCAGCUGGACGGCGACCUGCGCUUCCACGCGCUGCGCGCCGGCGCGCACGUGCGCAUCCUGGACGAGCAGACGGUGGCGCGCCUGGAGCACGGGCGCGACGAGCGCGCGCUCGUCUUCACCAGCCGGCCCGUGCGCGUGGCCGAGACCCUCUUCGUCAAGGUCACGCGCUCGGGGGGCGCGCGGCCCGGCGGCCUGUCCUUCGGCGUCACGUCGUGCGACCCGUGCACGCUGCGCCCCGCCGACCUGCCCUUCAGCCCCGAGGCCCUGGUGGACCGCAAGGAGUUCUGGGCCGUGUGCCGCGCGCCGGGGCCCCUGCACAGCGGCGACAUCCUGGGCCUGGUGGUCAACGGCGACGGCGAGCUGCAUCUCAGCCACAACGGAGCGGCCGCGGGCAUGCAGCUGUGCGUGGACACCUCGCAGCCGCUCUGGAUGCUCUUCAGCCUGCACGGGGCGGUCACGCAGAUUCGCAUCCUUGGCUCCACCAUCCUGGCAGAGCGGGGUGCCCCGUCCCUGUCCUGCUCCCCGGCCUCCACGCCCACCUCACCCAGUGCCCUGCUUAGCCACCUCUCGGACCCCCUGCUCAGCCCCUGCAGCUCUGGGCCCCCGGGCAGCUCUGCUGGCGGCACGGCUCCCAACUCCCCAGUCAGCCUGCCCGAGUCUCCAGGCAGCCCCGGCCCUUGGAGCGACGAGUGCACCAUCUGCUACGAGCGCACGGUGGACACGGUCAUCUACACGUGCGGCCACAUGUGCCUCUGCUACGCCUGCGGCCUGCGCCUCAAGAAGGCCCUGCACGCCUGCUGCCCCAUCUGCCGCCGCCCCAUCAAGGACAUUAUCAAGACCUACCGCAGCUCCUAGGCCGCGGGCGGCCCCUGCCUUCCCCU